AUGUCGGUCACGCUGCAUACAACCCUUGGCGAUCUCAAGAUAGAGAUAUUCUGCGAGAGCGUGCCUAAGACCGCAGAGAACUUCCUCGCCCUCUGUGCAUCCCACUACUACGACGCCUCCCCCUUCCACCGACUCAUCCCUUCCUUCAUGGUACAGACCGGUGCACCCGCCAAUCCCUCGCCGCCCGUGAACCCAAAGGGUGGGCGGUCCAUCUGGGGCGGCACCUUCGAGGACGAGAUCAGGCCCACCCUCAAGCACUCGGAGCGCGGCAUCGUCUCCAUGGCGAAUAAAGGACCGGCAACCAACGGUUCUCAGUUCUUCAUACUCUUUGACAAGGCACCACACUUGGAUGGAUUGAAUACGGUGUUUGGCAAGGUGAUUGGCGAUGACAGUCUGGCCACCUUGGCUAAAAUUGAGGCGCUUGAGGUUGAUAAGAAGAGCAGGCCGAAGGAGCAGCCAAGGAUAGAGAAGAUCACAAUACAUGCAAACCCGCUGGCCGGUUGA